AUGGCCAACCACUCCCAACUAGGCUUUCAAGACGCCUCAUCCCCCAUCAUAGAAGAGCUCGUUGAAUUCCACGACCACGCCCUGAUAGUCGCACUAGCAAUUUGCAGCUUAGUACUCUACCUUCUAACUCUUAUACUUAUAGAAAAACUAUCAUCAAACACCGUAGAUGCCCAAGAAGUUGAACUAAUCUGAACCAUCCUACCCGCUAUUGUCCUAGUCCUGCUUGCCCUCCCCUCCCUCCAAAUCCUCUACAUAAUAGACGAAAUCGACGAACCUGAUCUCACCCUAAAAGCCAUCGGACACCAAUGAUACUGAACCUAUGAAUACACAGACUUCAAGGACCUCUCAUUUGACUCCUACAUAACCCCAACAACAGACCUCCCCCUAGGCCACUUCCGCCUACUAGAAGUCGACCAUCGCAUUGUAAUCCCCAUAGAAUCCCCCAUUCGAGUAAUCAUCACCGCUGAUGACGUCCUCCACUCAUGAGCCGUACCCGCCCUCGGGGUAAAAACAGACGCAAUCCCUGGACGACUAAAUCAAACCUCCUUCAUCACCACUCGACCAGGAGUGUUUUACGGACAAUGCUCAGAAAUCUGCGGAGCUAACCACAGCUACAUACCCAUUGUAGUAGAGUCUACCCCCCUAAAACACUUUGAAGCCUGAUCCUCACUACUGUCAUCUUAA